ACCUUGUGCAAGCCCACGCAAAGAUGAAGAAGAAGAAGACCUAGUCCAAAAGGCACAUGGGAUAUUUGAGGUUGGACCAGCGGCAAAUGUUUACAAAACAGCCAGAAUUUGCUAAAAUUCUCCUGCUAGCCCGAAAAAAUGUCGCGUCCAGAGCAUAUCGCUCCUCCGGAAAUUUUCUACAACGAGGAUGAGGCCAAGAAAUACACGCAAAAUUCUAGAAUCAUGGAAAUUCAAGAGCAGAUGUCCGAGAGGGCCAUCGAGCUGUUGCUGUUGCCCGAAGGAGCCCCAUCCCUUGUUUUGGACAUCGGAUGCGGCUCAGGGAUUAGCGGAAGCAUUUUGGAGGAAAACGGGCACUACUGGGUGGGAAUGGACAUUUCCUCAGCCAUGCUAGAUGUAGCAGUUGAGAGGGAAGUGGAAGGCGACUUACUUUUAACGGACAUGGGACAGGGCUGCCCAUUUAGGGCUGGGGCUUUUGAUGGCGCAAUAUCCAUUUCAGCCCUACAGUGGCUGUGCAACGCAGACAAGUCCCAUCAUCGCCCUGUACAGAGACUGUACAAGUUCUUCAGCACCUUGUUCGCUUGUUUGAGUAGGUCGGCCAGAGCGGUUCUGCAGUUUUACCCGGAAAAUGGGGCCCAAAUGGAACUGGUGACGAGUCAGGCAAUGAAGGCGGGGUUCUUUGGGGGCGUCGUGGUUGAUUACCCCAAUUCCACCAAAGCGAAAAAGUUUUAUUUGGUGCUGAUGACGGGGGGAAGCGUGGCGCUGCCUAAAGGAUUGGGGACUGAAGGGGCUUCAGAUGGUGUUGACUAUGCCCGAAGGGAUCGCGCUAAGAAUCUUCGCAAGCCCUUGAAGAGCGUCCGGACCUGGAUCCAGGAGAAGAAAGAGCGAAGACGCAGACAAAUGAAGAAGGUGCGGCCCGAUUCGAAAUACACAGGCAGGAAGCGAUGCGGCCGCUUUUAACAAAUCUUUAUCUGUCUAAAUAUGCUUAAUUGAUUAUAGGUGAUACUCUA